UCCGAGUCCUAGAAAUUAGAAUCCUACCUUCGCCUAGAAUUCCAAAACUUUAGAGAGCAUCCAGGAAUGGUGGUCAGACUCAUCUAGCUCAGUAGCUGGCCCCCUCUUUCGGAGCUGCCUGCUGUUGAGCCCCUCUCCUUUCCUCCCUGCCCCGAUGCCCGCCACUGCUCUAAGCAAGGGCCUGUCCACUCUUGGCUCCUGGCUCCCUGCUGAGACUAGCCUGGUGCUGAGCACCCCCUCCCGCCAGCUGCGCUCCGACCGAGUGGGGCUGCUCACACUUGGGGGGGCUGCCCUGCGGUGCCGGCAUGCCAGGCUGACGCCGCAACAGCUGCAGCCCCGCCAGCGCUGGGCAUGGCCGAGCGGACUGCCCACUACUCAGGGGCCCCCCUGUCGCUGCAGCACCAGUGACGAUGGGAGUGGUGGUGGUGCUGGCGGUAACAGCAGCAGCCCCGUAAGUGAGGUGCGCUGGAGGCUUGAGGAGGGGGGCACCGAGGCUCACUCCGCUCUCAAUGUUGUGCUGGUCUCUCCGCAGAUUCCAGGCAAUGCGGGCUCCAUUGCCCGCACCUGCGCAGCCGCGGGGGUGCGCCUGCACCUGGUGGAGCCCAUGGGGUUCCAGCUGGACGACGCCAAGCUCAAGCGCGCGGGCCUGGACUACUGGCCCUACGUGUGCGUGGCCGUCCACUCGUCCUGGGCUGCGUUCAUGGACUACUACCACACCCAGCCGGGGCCCAAGCGGCUGAUUGGUUUCAGCAAGAAGGCAACGACGCUGUACACGGAUGUCAAGUACCGCGAGAGCGACUGGCUCCUCUUUGGCAGUGAGACCCAAGGCUUUCCCGAAGCGGCUGUAGGGGCUAUUAGUCGAGAGGGCGCCCUGGUGCGUAUUCCGAUGAGCGAGCGGCAUGUGCGCUCCCUCAACCUGUCGGUCAGCGUGGGCAUCGGCCUAUUUGAGAGCUUGCGUCAGCUGGAGGCGCAGCGUCCGCUGGACCACAGCAGCCAGCAUUCAACGGACCCACUGCCCGGAGCCGCAGCUGGGGUGACAUGAGAACGCAGUGAUAAGCAUCCGAGUACGUGGAUGAGUGCUUGCUCUGAGUACACCAUCGGUGCUCCGGACAUCCUCACCGGGUCGACGAUUUGCGUCACUACUUUGCUAUGCAACUGCCCCAUGACGGGCGGUUUGGUGCACAUCCAAGGGUGGAACGAGUCACUAGUUGCUGCGGCUACCAACCUUGUCAUAAGUCCCAGGAUUGGAUUUCUAGAAUCCCCGAGAAAUGUUUUGACAUGAUGCUAGCCAUACUGUCAAAAGGGUGUCGAGAAACAAAGAGAAAAAAGAACGGGAAAAGACCUGAAAGAAAGUACUUCGGAAGUCACGUGUACCGUAGCUACAGUUUUAGGUCCCCAGUCCUAGCUCUACAUUGCGAUGAAAUCGGAUGAGAAAUCGGAUGAAGCAAGGAUGAAGCUCUUGCAUGGAAGAUCAUGAUAGUACGAGUCCGCUACACCGCUACAUGCGGU